AUGGCGCCCGUCAACCGCCGCAAGAAGCUCUUUGUUGAUCCGGACGAGCCCCAAACAAAAGACUACGACCCGGAAGUCGAUGCUCCAGAGGAUGAUGCCGAAAACAGUGAUGAUAGCGAUGCUGUAGACAAUGCUGGCACAGAGCACUAUGUCUCUGUAGGAAAGAGCAAGCUCCGACAGAAGCAAGCGCCUGCACUGGGUGCCAAGUAUAGUGGCUCUCGUGUGAGUCGCGCGGCCUUGGAGGAGAGCAGCGAGGAUGAAGAGGGGUCACAAGAAGACUCAGAGGAGGACGAGUCUGGCUCCGAAGAAUUUGCCGACCCUGAGACCGCCGACCUCGACGCCGACGAUGGCGAGGACCACGAGAUCGAGAGCGACGACGCUCUGUGCGAUAGUGACGAAGAGCAUCUCAAGGAUUUUACCUUCCGCGGAAGCUCAAAACCCAAGGUCAAUGGUCAGAGGAAUAAGCGCCCGGUUGCCGCUGACUUUCUGUCCGGAUCCGAAGACGACGAUGCCACCAGCAAUGGUGGUGCAGAUGUGGGGUCUGACGAUGAAGGCGAAGACGAGUCUGAUGACCUAGAAGGGCUGGACGACGACGACGAUGAUUCUGGCUCUAAUGAAGAUGGUGCGUCUAUUUCUGGCGAAGACGACGAGGAAGAGUCGGAUGAGGACGGUGAGUCGGGCAGCGAAGACGAUGAGGACGCGGAAAAGUCGCACCAGGACAAGCUGAGCAAGACCAUGAACGACAUGAAGCAAGGGCAGAAGAGCAUUCUUGCGAAUAUAUCACAGGCUGCCAAGGCCGAGGCUGAAAAAGGUCUCGCUGUUCGACAGCAGCGGCGAUCAUUUGACGCUCUGCUCAACCUGCGCAUUCGACUCCAGAAGGCCUUGGUCGCUGUCAACACGCUCAGUGCCGUGGAUGAGGAUGCUGAGAGUUCCAAGAAACCCUACGAGGCUGCCGAAGAAGCUGCUAUCAAACUCUGGAACACCAUCGACAGUUUCCGUGACAGCUUACUGCCUGCCUCCGCCGCAAGCGCUGGGCAGAAGCGAAAGCGGGAAAUUGAUGCCGACACAGCUACCCAGUCUAUCUGGGAGAUGAUGGAUGUCACAGAGAGCCAGGCACUUGCGCACCGCAACAAGGUUCUUGAUAAGUGGGCUGCCAAAGUCCGAAGAACACCAGCAACGGCUGCCAGGAAGCUCAUCGCCACGCCGAAUCAGUCCCUGAUCUCCGAGCUUCAGGACCAGAUGCUCAACUCGGACAGGCUGGUCAAGCGGACCAAGAUCCCGCGAUCCUGUGCUCCCGCUCAAGCUGCCAAGAAGGUUGCCGAGGACGCCCGGAUCUACGACGACGCGGACUUUUACCAGCUCCUGCUGAAGGAGCUCGUGGACCAGCGGUCCUCCGACACCACUGCUCCAGGCAGCGCCGUGCCUACUGUCAGGUGGGCAGCCCUUAAGGAGGCGAGGACGCGCAAGCAGGUCGACCGCAAGGCCAGCAAAGGCCGCAAGCUGCGCUUCAACGUCCAUGAGAAGCUGCAGAACUUUAUGGCGCCCGACGACAGGCGGUCGUGGGAGCAGGACGCCAUCGAUAGAUUCUUUGGGACGCUGUUCGGCCAGAAGAUGGAGCUUAAAGAGGACGAUGAGUCGGACGACGAGAUGGACGGUGUCAAUGUCGAAGAGGAGGGUCUGAAGCUGUUCCGCAGCUGA